AUGGAAGGCGACGCAGCAGCAGCAGCAGCAGCAGCAGCUAGUGCUGCUGCUGCUGCCCCUGCUGGCGAGGGCGUGGGAGCAGCAGCAGCAGAUAUGCACUUGGGCCCCCCUCAGGAGGGGCAGCUAGCUGCUCUUGCUGCGAAGUACCGCGUGCCGAUCGAGCUGCUGCAGGACCUGCAGCAGCAGCUGCAGCAGCAGCAGCUGCAGCAGCAGCAGCAGCAGCAGCAGAGGCCGCCUCCGCAGCAAGACGCGUCCCCUGCGUCUGGCGUGAGCGCGCACUCCUCGCCGGACUCCGGAGGCCCUCCCGCAGCAGCAGCAGCAGCAGCAGCAGCAGCAGCAGCAGCGCGAGGUGUGGGGCCCGUGGUUGCUGCUGCUUACACUCGGCUGUACGUACACUUCGUGUCUUGGGUCUUGGGCCUCUGGGACCCCCAGAUGCAGCAGGAGCUGCUGGAUGCAGCAUUUGCUGUUUUGAUGAAGAUCUACCAGCGCACUUUGCUCAUCAACCCCACUGACGCGCGUGAGCUGCUGCGGGUGUACGGGCCGCAGCAUGCAGCCCGGCACGCGGCGCUGCUGCAGCAGCUGCAGCAGCUGCAGCCGCAGCACCCGCAGCAGCUGCAGCAGGUUGCUUAUUUUCAAGUUGCUGUUGCUGCUGCUGCUGCACGCGAAGCAGCAGCAGCAGCAGCAGCAGCGGCGCCGUGCUGUCAAUGCCAGCAGCAACAGCAGCACAUGCAGCGCAGUCAGCCUAAUCUGUAUAAGCAGCAGCAGCGGCAGCAGCUGCCGCCGCUGCUGCAGCACCAGGAAAAACAACAACCACAGCAGCAGCAGCAGCAGCAGCAGCAGCAGCAGCAGCAGCAGCAGCAGCAGUCCUCAGUGCGGCUGCUGCAUGCACCUGCUGGGGCCCCACACCUGCGGGGGCUUGACUACCCGCAGCAGCAGCAGCAGCUGCUGCUGCAGCAGCAGCAGCAGCAGCAGCGGCUCGUCUUCUGGGGGCUGCCCAGGCAGCUCUACAGAGACGAUGUGCUGCUUACUCUCCCCAAUGGAGAAAAAAUGAAGCCUUUGCUGCAGCAGCUGCAGCUUUUGCUGCAGCAGCUGCAGCUUUUGCUGCAGCAGCUGCAGCUGUCUUGGGUGGAAUUUUAG